GACUCACCUGUUUAAGGUGGUCCGCUGAAAUGACAUCACCGGAGCUCCACCUCAUUUCAGACCAGUGCUCCGAUGAAUAUCAGGGUGUGUUGUUGUCAGAUCAAGGUAUCCACAAAGUACAGCAAUUAUUGGACAACCGUAGCAACAAGAAAAAAAGUCCUCAGAUCCCAGCAAAGGAAUAGACGACAGCUUCGAGUGACUAUUGACACUAUAUAACUUUGUUUAAACUUGAAUUGUGCGAGGGAGUUGACGAGUUCGGAACCCUACUUUGGAGGGGUUUUUUUGUGGUUAAGAAUUUUUUUCUUUAAGAAUUGGACUUUGGUUUUAGCUUUCUGAAAAGAGUUUCUGCUAAGAAACGAUAUAAAGUCAUCAUGAGUGCCGUGCAUGAAGGCGUAUUUUUGUCUGCUCUCCAGCCCAAUACUUCUGUAUCCAGCUAUGCGCUGCCCUCUGAGAUGCAUCUUGGACACGGGGCCAGUGGCUACGACCAGAUCUCAAAAAGCCAGCGUGUGCAGGACCAAGUGCGAAUGCGGAUGAUCCAAAACAGACAGAGCGGCUCAACCACAGUCCCCAGGGCUAAUGGCAGUGUCCAGAACAGCGCGUCUUCAGAAUACAGAAUGUCUUCCGGAAUGAAGUAUGCCACAGUAAACCCUGCAUUCAGCUCCAAGUCUCACAUGUACUCCAUGGAGAGGAAAGUCGCAGGGCCGCCGGUGUCUCAGUACGGAACAGCCCGGGCCAGUGGCUGGAGCUCACGCUCUGCCGUGGAAAUUGGUCCCAACAGGAAGAUGAGCCUGGGAGGGAGAGGAGGAGGAGGAGGAGGAGGAGGAGGAGGAGGAGUGGGCAGCAGCAUCUACAGUCGAGGGAGGGAUGACAUGGGCUACGGCUACCAGACCAGCCAAUCCACCAUGCGCAGCGUGAGCAGGGCCCAGCGAGACUUCGACAUCAUGUCCAUGCGCUCCAUGCAAGUGAACAACUCGCCUGUCCAGAUCCAGCCUUGGGUGGACGAUGGUGAGGGCAGCAUGAUCUCCGAUCACUACGCGGGGGGAGAUGGCUACGGGUACUCCCAGGUCCGGACGGUGUCCAGCAACGCCGGGGGCAGCGCGAUGGGCACCAUGAGGAGGACGCUCAGUGGGACCCUGGCCAGCAGGAGUGGGGACUGGCAGGAGGAGGAUCAGCUGUACGUGAACAACGUGAAGCCCCGAGGUCCGGCCGUGCGCACCCUGAGCCGUCUGAACCAGAACGCUAGCCGGCAAAACAGAAUGAGCAUGGGCUCCGUUUCCGGGAGCAGCACCAUACAGCAGCAGAAAAUGGGUGGGGGAAACUACGUCCAGUGCUCAAACGGGUCCUAUGGCAGUCUGCCGAUUACCAGGGCCAUGUCCACCAUGAGUCUGAAGAGCAUGACAAAGGGAAUGGACACCUUCGAUGGGCAGGAGCACAUCAGUGUUGGAGGGAAAAUAAAUGACGGGUUCAGUGAUAUUGACAUGCACUCUGCUGUUGAAUACCUGGUUGCCUCUGACCCAGCACUGCAAGUUUUGGGAGCUGCAUAUAUCCAGCAUGAAUGUUAUAACAGCACUGAUGCCAAAAAUCAGGCGCACUCCCUGAAGGCUAUCCCACGCCUGGUGAAGCUGUUCAACUACCCGAACCAGGAAGUGCAGCGCUACGCCACGGGGGCCAUGCGCAACCUCAUCUACGACAACAUGCAGAAUAAGACAGCGCUCAUCGCGGAGAGCGGCAUCCCACAGCUCAUAGAGGCCCUGCGUGAGCCCGACGACGAGCUGCGCAAGAACGUCACGGGGAUCCUCUGGAAUCUGUCCUCCAAGGACAAUCUGAAGGACAAGCUGGCCAGCGAGACCCUGUCUGAGCUGACGGAGCGUGUCCUGGUGCCCCUGUCUCAGUCUGACAAUCAGCAGAGUGCCUCUGAGUCUGAGAUCUUCUACAACACCACUGGCUGCCUCAGAAAUUUGAGCUCAGUGAACGAGAAGGUUCGCCAGCAGAUGCGGGAGUGCAGAGGGCUGGUGGACUCCCUGGUCAGCUACAUCCAGCGCUCUGUGGAGACUGGCAAGGCAGAGGACAAGGGCGUGGAGAAUGCGGUGUGCACCCUGCGCAAUCUCUCUUUUCAGCUCUACACGGAGAUCCCACCCUCGGCGUCCAUGCGUCUGGAGGGACCGUCUCGCAGACAGGACGAGGGGCCGGGUGACGUCAUCGGCUGUUUCACCCCCCAGAGCAAGAAAACCAAAAAGAAGCAGGUCAAUGACCAGCUGACGUUCUCCGAGGUGGCCAAAGACCCCAAGGGCAUGGAGUGGCUGUGGCACCCCCAGAUUGUGAGCGUGUACAACAGAGUGCUGCAGCGCUGUGAGAUCAACAGCAGCACACGUGAGGCAGCCGCUGGGGCACUGCAGAACAUCACGGCCGGGGACAAGAGGUGGGCUGCUGUGCUGAGUCGAGUAGCCAUGGAACAAGAAAGGAUCCUGCCGACCAUCCUGGACAAUCUGAGAACGAACAACGACCAGGAGCUGCGUUCACUGACCGGCUUCUUACGCAACCUGUCCCGCUACGCCCGCAACAAAGAUGACAUGGCAACGAAGGUAGUGAACAACCUGCUGCUCAAGCUGCCUAGCGACAGCAGCCAGACGGAACCCUCCAGUGAUGUCAUCAUCAACAUCUGCGGCGUUCUCAACAAUCUGGUGAUGGGGAGCUCGGUGGCGGCCCGGGACAUUGCCUUCUUCGACGGGCUGCAGAAACUCGUGCCGAUCAAGAACAACCGGAACAGUGCCUCCAGAGAGAAGGCAGCUAAGGCAGCCAUGACUGUCCUGGGAAACAUGUACCACUACAACAAACUGCACCGCGACUACAAACUGAAAGGAUUUAGGAAAGAGGACUUUAUCGAUACCAGCAUCUGAAUUUUUUUUUUCCUCUUAUUUUAUUACUUUUUGUGCUCAGACUACUGGAUGACAACAGACAUUGUUUUUUUUUAGAUACAGAGCUUGCACUCCAAUCCUUCUCCUCUUUUAUAAGAAAAAAAUGGAAAGAAUAAAAAGAAAAACAGAAAACUGCCUCUAAUGCUUUCUAAUAUAUAGAGAACGCUUUGUGUGUGAUCUGUGAGGGACCAGCACAAUGUACUGUACUUCUACAUGAGAAACACCAGCAUGGUUUCAUUGGAGAGCAUCAGACUUCUACAAGCACUGGAAAAACCUGCUUCUGAGACCCCAGCACAGCUCCGAAACAGCCGCUAAAGAUUCAGCUCCACCAUCCAUCACCCAGUCAGGCCCCAACAAGGCUAUGCAUUCAUAGUUUAUGUCUGAAUGAAGUUUUAUUAUUGCAGUAUGGCUAAUAUUUCAUCCCAUGUACCACCUCCCAUUCACUUUGUUUUCUUUCAUUGGAAUGUUUAAUUUAGACACAGUGCCACUGAGUGGCAGAAUGUUGUAACUGAAGAGGAUCUUAAAGGGGAAGUCAAAUAAGAAUCUGACAACAAUUCAUGAAAAUUGAUCUGUUCUGUUACACAUUAGGUAGGCAGGCAGGUUUUGGAGAAUAAAAACCAUUAUUAUAUAGAAAUUUAUAUAAUGUAGAUAUAUAAUGUACACAGAAGCUUUAGUUUAGGUCCAGUGGUACCCAUAGACCAGGAUAUAUAGAUCACAGACAGGAUUGGAGAUGCUUGUUCUUGGACAAGAACUUUCAGGACAGACUUUGUGUUAAACUCUGAGUGCUGACCAAUCAGACAGGCUUGGAAUAAACAUCCUUCCCAGAUUCCAGCUCUCAUAAAAUGUCACAUAAACUGGAUCUGUGUCUGCUGUGCUCUGUGCUGAUUCCUGCUGAUAAUCUGAAAUGUGCUGUAAUUGUAAAACUAUUCCAUUGUGGUUUUUUUUUUGUAUGACAGAAUUUAUUGUGUAUGUUCAGGUGUUUUGAUUAAGGUAAUGGAGAAGUUUAAACCAGGGAUUUUUACUUGGAGGUAAAUAUUUCUGUUCAGAGAAUAAGCUGUCUCAUAUCUGGGUGUCUAAGAAUGUAUAAUGGGGGUGCCUUAUAUCAGUAGAGAAUUAGUACCUUAACACUUAAAUCAAUUGUCAGGAUUUCAAGUGCAAUUACAAAUAACAUUAUAUUAAAACCUAGCAUUCAUUGAUUGUGAAUAGGCUUUGCAAAGUGGAUGUGUGUUGCGAAUGUACAGAAUCCUCUGUUGAGGGAUUUGAGAAUCAAACAGGUGCUUCAUUUGAAUCCCCAUUCUCAAAACUUUAAGAAUUUUUUUAAGGAUUUUUUUUUAUCAACAUUCUAUGAGUGCUUCGAAAUCUGAGAAUGAACUCUAACCUUCCCUUAAACAGCUGAAAAAUGUUUAACAAACUGCAAUCUUGUUUUGAUUGCUUUAAACUGGUCCUUAAAAAAAAAAAAAAAAAAAAAAAAAAAACAUUCUUUAAGUGUUUGUGAAUUGGGUCAACUGAGUCAGAUUCACAAAGCUUUGAAGAGAGUUUUAAAUUGUACUGUUUUAAUUAAAUAAAUAGUUUGAUAUUCAUGAACCUGUAGGAGGCUCAUGUUGACUGAUUAGCAACAAUCUUAUAAAUUUUAUGAAAACCCAAUUUGAUGUAAUCAAAACACUUAAAAGAAAAGGGGCUGAAUUCUCAAAGCUCUUGACUGCAAAUCCUCAUUUGCAAUUUUAUUUUCAGAGAUGAGAAAAGUUACCAAACCAUAUGUAAACAACUCAGGCUUUUAACUUAAGAACUUGUAAGUUGUUUCUUACUUGUUUUAAAAUGGUGUUUGUUUGUUUUUUUUCAGAUAAAAAUUGUGCUAAUGAUGAUUUGGAGUAAAUAUCUUAGAGAAGCCAUCUCAAAGCUCAUACUGUAGCUUUGUGAGUUGGGCCCACGAGCACUUAAAAUUAAGUCUCAUUUGUGUUCCGCUCAACAGAAUAAUUAGUUUGCAAUAUUAAAUUGAUUGUGUUUUAUUCUUGUAUAUAUUGAGCAGUGUACAGUUCGGGACAGCUCUAGGUUUGUGCUACUGAAACAGGUCCUUUAGAACAAGAAGAUUCUGUCUUACGUAAAACAUGGUUUCUUUUACUGGCACUGAUAUUGAACAUGUUAUGAAUGUUUGAAUGCUUGGAAUAAUGAACUCUAUAUACAGUGACUAAUAGACACAUCAUUACAGAGCGGUCGCUAUGUAACUACCUGUGUACUGUGCAUGUUAUUGGCAAUGCCCUUUGUGAUUUCACUGUAAUUAAUGCCAUUUGAAGUGUUAUCACAAAACUGUUUGCUAACGCAUACAUACUGCACAGGUCAAACCAGGAACUCAAUGGAAGAGAUGAUAUUUAAACUGAAGUGCCUUUAUAUUAUAAUGACCUUUUUCAUGCUGUUAUGCAACAGUGUGUGGAUUGCAUGAAUUGCCCUUUAAAUGUAUUCAGAGGGUCCUCUAUGCUGUAUAACUACUUGCAUAGCUGUUUGCAUUGUUCACAUAAAACUACAGCGUUUCUGCAGUGUGUGUUGAGUAUCACACUAGCAAUGGAAAGUGCUAUGCUGCUUGAUUUGUACUGCUUUCAAUAAACGGGUUUGGAGGAGA